UCUCGGGCCGAUUUCUAGAACAUCACGGAUACAGAGAGGGCUGAAUGAUCAGGUGCGUUCCGAAACUCGUUGACAAGAAUACAUUACGAUAUUUUUUUUUUAUAGUGUGCGUAACGUAAGCGUGCUCGAUCGUGGUGAUCUAUCGCGGGACGAUCGUCGUGAUGCGUAUGUAUGUACAUGGUUCUUGGCGAGUAAACGCGUAGAGUGUUUUGUAGCGCAGUAUUUCCGACAAGUUCUAAACGAGACUACAAUUCGAGUGUCACCGUUGCUCGUCGCAGGUCGCCGUCGAUUGCCGUUAACGAACCAAACGUCUAGAGAUGAUUCCAGUGGAAACAUGGCUCGAUUGCUGACGGAUCCCGGCGCUUGUGUAACAUAUUAAAUUGCCGCACUGCGUAGCCGCACGUUGUCAAAGCGAUCGGCGGCACCGCUUGGCCCUUCAGCUGCUUUUUAGCCGCUGCUGGCGCUCAGCUCGGCGCAGCUCGGCUCAGCCCAGCUCGCUUCGACUUAGCUUGGCUCAGCUUCGCUCAGCUCGGCGCUGCCAAACUGUCGCUCGCCAGUGCUCGCACUGCCUCAUACGUUGCACAUCGUGAUCGGACAUCACUGUCGAUUUAACCUAAUCACCUAGUCGGCGAAGCGGAGUUUGCCCUCUCUUCGCAAAACGUUUCGCACCUCUCGGAGGAUAAUUGGUUCAUCCUUUGCCCCUUAUGCAAUUUCUACCUGCGAUCGUCUUCGGCGCCGUUCUCGCGGGGAGGUUACUUAAGUAACAACAAUGUCUGUACACUACAAAUUUAAAUCUACUUUGGACUUUGAUACCGUGUCGUUUGAUGGACUGCAUAUUUCAGUGGCUGAUUUGAAGAAGGCUAUAUUUCAUCAGAAACGUAUCGGCAAAAACACAGAUUUUGAUUUACAAAUUACAAACGCACAGACAAAAGAAGAUUAUACGGAUGAUAAUGCAUUAAUUGCAAAAAAUACCAGUCUUAUUGUUGCCAGAGUUCCAUUGACUGUCCAACAGAAACGUUCUUGGGAUCGAACUGAAACUCCUCCAUUCAGUAAUGUAAAAGACGAAGCUAAUUUAGGCCGAGCUGUAGAUCUCACAAGAUUAGAUGGCUCAGAAGAGGAUAAAAUUCGUGCAAUGAUGACACAAUCAACUCAAGAUUAUGAUCCAUCAAAUUACAUGAAAAUUCGUGGAGCCAAUCAAACUGGCGACGUACCUGCAAAUUACCGUUGUUAUAAAUGUCACCAGCCUGGACACUGGAUAAAAAACUGUCCAUUGGGAAUAAAUCAAGAACCAAUUGAAAUAAAGAAAAGCACAGGUAUUCCCAGAAGUUUUAUGGUACCAGUUGAAGGACCUUUGGUACCUGGUGCCAUGAUGACACCUACAGGACACUAUGCUGUUCCCGCUAUCGAUCAUCAAGCUUACAAGGAAGGUAAAAAGGAACGACCACCAUUUUCGCAAGAUCCAGAACCUGUAGCAGAAAAGCCAGAGAUACCAGAGGAUUUAUUAUGCAACAUCUGCAAAGAUCUUUUGACAGAUGCAGUAAUGAUCCCAUGUUGUGGAAAUUCCUUUUGUGACGAAUGUAUUCGUACGUUUUUAUUAGAAUCUGAGGAACACGAAUGCCCAGAUUGUAACGAGAAAGAUGUGUCCCCGGAAACUCUUAUACCAAAUCGAUUUUUACGUAAUGCAGUAAUGAAUUUUAAAAAUGAAACUGGUUAUGCUAAAAGACAAACAUAUCGGCCUUCUGCUCAAAGUACUGGACAAACCACGGCGUCAACUGAUCAACCAAAAAUUGAAACGCAGCAAGCUGCGAGUCAUGUAUCUUCUCAGGCUAAAACUGUACAACCAUCUGUGGUUUCUAAUAUUCCAUCGCAAGAACCUGUAGAACUGCAAUCCACUAAUGUCGAAUCUACUUCGCAACACUUUCCAACCACUGUCUCUAGUUCGCAGCCACAAUCGUCAACCACUCUGCCUGAAUCUACUUCAGAGUCACAGUUGCAAAGUGACUCGGUAACAAAACUAACAACUGAUGAGGAAACUGAGGUGCCUCCUCCUCCAGGAACAGAGCCUUUACUCCCGAUUCCUGCCAUCGUGAGCUCACCAGAAAGAGAACGCGAGAGAAGUGAUCCAUCGAAUCGCGAUAAGAAGGAACGUGACAAUGAAUAUUCGGGAGAACGUCAAUCGAGGGAACGUCGACGAAGUUUCAGUAGGGAUGGACAUCGUGAUAGAAGUGGAGAGCGUGGUCGCAGAAUCGAGAAUUUACGACCAUUAAACCGUAACCGAAAUCGAUCCCUUUCGCCCAGGCAUUCCCAACACGGCGAAUAUCCAAGUUCAGUGCUACCUCAUUUAAUGAACCCACCUCCCUCCAAGGGAUAUCAAGGUCAUUUAGCGGAUGAUGGACAUUAUCCGUCUGCUAUGCAUUAUGACAGUGGGAUACGACGAUCCAAUGAAGAUCGUGCAGGCACUCCAACGGUCGAUGAACCACAUUUACAUGUCCCUUCAUCUGGUAAUCAACCACCGUUAUUGCCGUUCCCACCAGGCGAAGAGCGCAUACCGGCACCAAAUUACAAUCAGCCACCACCAAACGUACCUCCGCAUAAUCCUCCACAUAAUCCAUCACAUAAUGCUCCGCUUUUGCCAGAUCCAUAUAUGAGUCAUCGAAUACCGAUAUAUCCGCAUCAGCAAGGACAUUACGGCGGACCGCCGAGAUAUGACAGACCUCCUUAUCAACAACAGGUAUAUCGACCAUCUCAACCACCUCGAAACUAUAAUGGGCCACCGAGACCAAUGAGAGGAUUACAUCAUAUGGGAUAUAGAAAUUCACAACCACCUCCACCAGGCUUAGGUAGAAAUGUACACAAUGGUAAUCCACCUGGAAUCAUCGAUGAUCCAUUGGAAGCGUUCGAACGCAUGCUCAGAGAAAAGGAUGAAAGGGACCGGCGUUUGGGGAAGCAUAGAAGAAGAAGCAGAACACGAUCUCGUUCACGUAGCUAUAGUCGAUCGAGAUCACGUUCUUUUGGUCGUAGAUCGCCUUUUACAUCUCGUAUCAGUCGAUCUCGCAGUCCGCCAUCGAAACGAAGAUCAUCAAGAUCACCGUUGCCUCUCAGACCUCGUAGUCGUACCCCAAAACGUAGAUCCAGAAGCGGUAGCUUCUCUAUCAGCAGAUCUAGGUCAUAUUCCCGCAGUCAGUCGCCAAGACUAUCUCCAUCGAGAGACAGAGAGAGAGACAGGGAAAGAGAUCGUGAUCGUGAACGCGAUCGCGACCGUGAUCGUGAUCGUGACAGAGAUCGCGAGCGAGAUCGCGACUUGUUGCCCAGAUAUCGAUCGCCAAUCAGAUCACCUCCAAGAUUUCAAAGAGAGAGAGAUCGUGAAAGAGACAGACCGCGAUCACGCGAACCUCGAGAUGGAUAUAAUACUUACUAUGGCGAUUCGCCGGCUCAUGAUUAUCAGUUUCGUGAUCGUGAGCGCGAUUUGCCGCCUAGAGAGAGACCAUUGCCAAGAUAUCCUAUAGGAAGAAAUCAGCCGUCCCAACACAAUAUACCGCCGUUGAUGUCGCAUCUAGUCACUGGAAGUCACCCACCACCACCGCUUAUGUCAUUGGGACCUUCGCCUACGGACAGGAAAGACUAUUAUGAUUCCUACAACAGGUAUCCCGGACCUCCACCAUCACAGCGUUUCGGCAGUCCCUUAAGGGAUCUUUCAUCACAUAAGCGAUUUGAUGAUGUAGCUCCACCUGGUACUGAAGGUUAUUACGAUCUCUCACCACCGGGUGUCGAACAUUCCGAAAGAUCAUCGAGAGACGAUCGUGAAAGGCGUUCUCUAAGAGAUCAAGAAGAUCGGGAACACUCAUCUAAGGAUCGUGAUAACGAAGAACGCGAUAGAUUAAGGGAUGAUAGGGGUCGCGAACGUGAGGACCGUAUGCGCGAGAGAGACGACAGAGAUCGUAGAAUCGUAAACAGAGAGGAUCGCGAUAGGCAGAUCCCGCCUAGAGAACACGAGGACAGAAUACGAGAGAAGGAUGAGCGCGACAGAAGAGAAAAGGAGAAAGAACGGGAUGAUAGACACAUUCGUGAUCGUCGAGACGAUGAUAGGCAUGUCGAGAAGAAAGAUUAUGAUAAAGAUCGUUACAGAGAUGAUCGAGAUCGUCACAGACAAGACGACAAGAAUCGAUUACGAGAAAAAGACAGACGUGAACGCGAAUACGAGUUUGAGAAAGACAGAGAUCGUCACGAGCGAUACGAGAGGCGUUCGAUGGAGCGAAAGAAGAAUAGAAAGAGCUUAAGUCCAUACUCGCAGAAAUCCAGAGGCGAUCCUAAAGAUUUGUCACCAGAACGAAGUACAAAGAAGAAAGAAAAAGAUCAUGAGGAAAAGAUAGAAGAAAAGAAGAAAGAGAAGAAAAUAAAGGAAAAGAAGAAAAAGAAAGAUAGUGAUGACAAAGAGAAGAAGAAGAAGAAAAAGAAGGACAAAAAAUCCAAUCAGAAAGAUGCAGCUAAAGACGAUCCAACGAUUAAAACGAUGGAGACAGACAAUUUGUUGAUCGAGAGUAAAACAAAUAACGAUACUUUAUCUUCGCCGCUCAAAAUUGAUUCCAUAAAGGCAUGUAAUGAGGAGGAUAACAUGCAAAAUAGAAUCGAAUGCGUUUCCAAUGAGGUAGCUAUUGCACCGAUUAAGGAAGAAUUCGAGGACAAGUCUCUGGCGAUGAAUCCAGAACCGCCGGAAUUCAACGAAUCCAGUCCCGGCAGUGGUCGCUUAGAUCGUACGGAAUUUGGUACAAAUCCGCCAAAUCCAAACUUUAAACCGAUUCCGGAACUCAAGUCAGACAUGAAGCCGAUCGAUAGCCUCUAUGGUGGAUUAGAUGAUACAGAGAUCAACACUGUAAUCACGGAAAAGUAUUCUUUACUUUCGGAACACUCACAAACCGAGACGAAAGAAGCCACUACCGUCUUAUUAGCAACUGCGGAGAAAUCGCCAAAGAAAGAUGAGUUUCUGGCGCCAAUACCUGAAUUGUCCAAAUGGGAAAGAGACGAUACAAUUGAAAAACCCGAUGACGAUGACGACGAUGCGAGCGGCUCGCCGACAGAAAAAAUACAGAGGGAGGACGAACCGAAAUCUGUCAAGAUGGUUACAUCGGAAGUACUGAAACGUGCGGAGAAUGCGAUAUUCCAAAAGGCAAUUAAUGCGAUUCGACCGAUUGAGAUCAAAAAGAUCAGCGAAAGUAGGAAGAUACUGUAUCAGAAUCCCGAGCCUAAAGUAUUGGAGACGGUGGAGUCUGCUAAUCGAGAACCACGAAAGAGCGUCAAUGUGACGAUUAAUGUUGGUAGAAACGAGAGAAAUGUCGAGAUUACCGAACCAGCGAAAAAAGCCAAACUCGAUCGUACCAAAUUCAAACCUGUUCCAGAAACAGCCUACUCGCCGACCAGACUGUCUGCCAAAGAGAGACUCGGCGAGAAGAUUGAGGAUAGCAAGGAGAGAAAGAUUAGUCCUAUAAAGGGAUUCCUAGAGAGACGCGACUCCAAGAACGAGAGUCAAUCAAGGAGUCGAUCGCCUAGGAGGGAAAAGAGACUUUCCUCUCCGCUUUUAGAGCGACGCGUUGAAUCCUCUUCGUUAAGUCUAACUACAACGAGUAGUGAAAGAAAGGUCUUUUUGGAAGAGAGAAAACGAGAUAACAAAGAUAGAGGCGAUCGAUCAAAGGAGAGAUCAGAUUUCCGAGGCGACAGGCAUGGCAGUGAGUUGAAAGCAGAGAGAGAGAGUAGAAUUGAUUGUAGAACAGAUUUUCGCUCGAGUAGGAAUGACAUCAAGGGAGAGCGCAUGGAUAAAGAUCGUGAUAAGGAACGAGAUCGUGAGCAUAGAGGCAGAACACCUCCUUCGGUUUGUGCGUUUAAAAGAACAGAAAUAUCCAAGAUUGGUUUAUUGAAAUCGAAAGACGACGAGGAAGAGAAAAGACGUGAUAAGAAGUCACGAGAGGAGAAGAAGAGAAAAAAGGAACACCGCAGCAGAAGUAAAUCCAAGGAGCAUAAGAAGCGCAAAGAAAAACACAAGAAAGAUAAGGAUAAAAAUCAAGAAAAGAAGCAAAAGCACAAGGAGAGUACAGUCUCAAGAGACAAAUCGGAUGGCAAUGAGACCAAGGUUAGUUAUGAGAACAUCGAGCCGCCUCUGGUUGAUUCGUUAAAGAAACAACGGAAAAAUCCCAGACUGGUAUCCGAUCGUAAGCGUAGUAUACUUGACGAAGCAAACUUCGAGCCUGAUUACUCGGCUUCAGACUCUGAAUCGGAUGGUGAGGAAGGUAAAGUUUUGCCACCCACGAAGAAAUUGAAACUCGACGAAACAGAAUUAGACAAGGAGAUGGAAAUGAAAUCCCUAAAAAAACGAUCCAAAUCCAGUAGCAGCGAGGACACAUCAAGCAGUUCUGAUACGACAAGCUCCGACUCCGAAAGCAGUGAUGAAUCGCAUAAGAAGAAAAGGAAAAAACAUAAGAAACAUAAGAAGAAGAAAUCUGUCAAAAAAGAUAGCAGUUCGGACUCGGAUACUUACUCUGAUUCAUCCGAUAGCAGCAGUGACGAAGAGAAACAUAAAAAGAAAUCGAAGAAAUCAAAAAGCAAAAGCAAACAGUCAAAAAAGAAGAAAAAAUCCAAGCAUAAAUGACACCACUAGAUAUACAUUAUUAUUUGUUUGAUCAACCAAGACAUGCUACAAGAAAAAUAGAAAAAGGCCAGAAAUUUAUUUUUUGUCUUUAAAUAGCUUCGCGAGUAUCACGGAAAUCCAUAAUAAUUUUAAUAAUUUUGUACUCGUGAUAUAAUUACAAUUCAAUGUGUGAUAACGUUUUUUCUUUGAACAGGUAUUGUUUAGUAGACUAUUUAUUGGCGUGGAAAAAAGGAUAGACAUACUUUCAAUAGGAACAAAGUAAUGGAUCAAUGAAUAAUAAAAAAAUAAAAAAAAUUAAGAGAACACGUACGAUAGUUAUUUUAACCUGAAAGAACUAACUAAAGAGAAAAAAAGAACAUAUGGCCUUUGCAUAAUUAUUAUGUUCCGACUUGACACAUUAAAAUAUUGUAUGUAAGUUCAUUAUUACAAUAAGCCAUGUACAUUGUAGCUGAUAUAAUUUCGUGGCAAUUUUGUCAAGAAAUAAGUCUUUAAAAACUUGAUAAUUACAUAAGAGAGCAAUUUUAUUUAGGAUCUUUGCUAUCUCUUUCUCUGUCUGAUCUAUCUAUAUGUAUAUCUUUCUCUUUGUCUCUUCUCUCUCACCGUUAUAUUGUACUUUCAUAAUAUAAUGUCGAUAUGUAAGAAAAA